AUGAUUGUUACUAUAGCAGACCACACUACUGACGUAGAUAGCAGGCAUUUUAAAUAUAAUUUUCCAGAAUGUAGUUACAAGUAUUUGAAUAAAACAUGUUUAGUACCGAUUCCCUUUCAUAAAGAUGAUGACACGGUAACUGAACAAGCCCAAUGUGAUGAAAUGUGUAAAUCUAGUAUUAGGUGUACCGCUUCAAUAUUUUUUGACGGUGUAUAUUGUUUUCUUUACGAAGCUCCAGUCAUCUUUGCGUCCUAUGAAAUAGAUCUAAAUCAAUGCAUUGAAAAGUGUAAGGAGAGGAGUGACUGUAUAACAAUGAGCAGUCCAACAGUUUCAAAAAAUAAAUGCUUUUUAUUGAACGUUACCCUGGCUGAGAUAUCUGUUUGGACAUUUGAAAAUAACAGAUGUACCAUAGUAGAAAAAAUAUGUUAA